GGAAUUUUUGAGAAAUUAUUUAGGGAAAAAAAAUUUGGACCUGGCAACACUGACCCAAGUUAAGUCAAACUGUCAAAAUCAACAAUUUUUGAGGUUAGGUUUUGUUAGUGAUCGAAAAGUUGUUUGAAAAUACUUUAAAAAUGAUUGCUGUACAAGGAAUAACCCAAUCAGGCAUCCCUGAUAAAAUGUGGCAGCCCCCUUUUGUACAAUUCGACACAACAAUGGGGGAAUUCGUGAUAGAACUUUACUGGAAACAUGCCCCUCAAACUUGUAGAAAUUUCGCUGAACUUAGUCGAAGGGGGUACUACAACAACACGGUCUUCCACAGGAUAAUCCGGGACUUCAUGAUUCAAGGCGGUGACCCUACGGGUACGGGAAAAGGAGGUUUGUCUAUUUAUGGUCAAACUUUUAGAGAUGAAAUUCAUCCAGAGUUGAAACACAGUGGUGCGGGUAUUUUAUCAAUGGCAAACUCGGGACCGGAUACCAAUGGUUCGCAAUUUUUCAUUACGUUAGCCCCGACUCAAUGGUUGGAUGGAAAACAUGCUAUUUUUGGAAGGAUAUCCUCAGGAAUGAACAUUAUUAGUAGGAUAGGAUUAGUAGCGACUGAUAGGAACGAUAGGCCUGUGGAAGAGAUUAAAAUAUUAAGAGGAAAAGUAUUGAAAAGUUAAUUUUAAUUAAUGAGUCAAUAAGAUAAUUUAUAAUUUUUU